CAGAGGUUUUGUCAGAAAUAUGGUUUAAAAUUAAACACAUUUAUAAAUGAUCUUCGAUUUAUUGCGACUUUCCGAUGACCGCUUAAGUUAUAUUUUAAAAUACGCGACUAUUUUUAAAUUGAUUCUACUUACAGUGAGACUCACGGUGUUUUUACAGUGAAUUAAAAUAUGGCUCCUAAACAGGGUAAGAAGACAUUGUGGUUGGAGUGUGAACAUUGUGGUUGUAGUGUAUCCACGAACGAUAAAAACAUGCACAUAGAAUUAAAAUGUGCAAAGGAUCAAGUAAAAUGUCCUUAUAUGGAGGAUGGCAAAUUGUAUACGUGGUUGCAACGGGGCAGCGCUCCGCCAGAAGGCGCCCCGCGGGAUUCGGUGCUUAUGCAUCCUUCAACCGCAUCUCUUCUCGGCGCAGUCAUCGGAGCGCCCGUAGAACUCACCAGGGCUGGCGCUCCAAAGCUUGUCAAACGUGUUUGGCCAGCCAGGUCAUCUGCACCUGCCGCUGUUAUUCUGCCCGCUGCUGAUCUGACUGGAGCUUGGUGUGGUGGUGGGGGUCAGGUUACAGUGUCCUUGCUCACUAGACAGCUAAAAGCAGCUUUUCAUGUUUACUUUAAAAUUAGGGACAACAAGAUAGACAUAGAAAUUGGUGAUAUUCUUAAGGAGCACUUUAACAACAUUUUACUCUCAUUUGGCAGUGUUCUUGUCUACUAUUACUUUGGUAAGAAACUAGAAAUAGUUGUGACAAGAAUUAAUUCAGAGGAAGAUAAGAAUAGCACUAAGGCAUGGUAUGUCCUUAGCGAAAAUACUGUCUGGGAGCAAGAGAAGACAGUAGAAAAAAACAAAAGGAAACCGGUCACGUUGGGCGGUAUCGAUGAUAUUCUUGAGGAAAUUAAAACAUUAAUCAAGAUAUCAUUUAAUAUUGAAAGUUCAUUUGCCAACUUUCAACCGACUCGAGGCCUGUUACUGUAUGGCCAUUCAGGUAUAGGCAAGACUGCCAUUUGUAAAUAUCUUAUUGAAAAUUUACAUUGUUUUCACAUAGAGUUGAAUGGCCCAACAAUUUUUAGUAAAUAUUUUGGAGAAACUGAGGCUACUAUGAAGAGUCUUUUUUCGAAAGCUAUUGCUAAUGAACCAUCUAUAAUUCUAGUCGAUGAGAUUGAAACAAUAUGCCCGCGACGAUCAUCUGCCAGCACGGAGCAAGAAAGGAGAGUAACAUCAGCUUUUGUUUCACUAUUAGACAACUUACAUUUGGAAGGCAGUAGAGUGUUUGUUCUCGCAACAACCAGAAAACCGGACGCCAUAGAUCCAAUGUUAAGAAGAUUUGGGAGGCUGGAUAAAGAAAUUGAAGUGCCCAUUCCAGACAGAAUUAGAAGAAAGGAUAUUUUGUAUACUUUGUUACAAAGCCUACCCAAUAAGAUUUCGUCACAGGAUAUUGACUCAAUCUCUGAUUUAGCUCACGGCUAUGUCGCCGCUGAUAUUGUUAACCUCUGUACGCAAGCAUCUUUGAGGUGUAUAAAAGAAAAUGGCGACUUCAUACUGAAGGAACAUUUGAUAGCUGCAUUAACUGUCGUUAGGCCUAGUGCUAUGAGAGAGCUGCUAAUAGAAGUUCCUAACGUGCGAUGGUCAGAUAUAGGAGGACAGGAUAAUUUGAAACUGAAAUUGAGGCAAGCAGUGGAAUGGCCUCUGAAGCAUUCAGAGAGUUUCAAGCGGCUGGGAAUUCGGCCGCCUAGUGGAGUGUUGUUGUAUGGCCCACCCGGCUGCUCAAAAACCAUGAUCGCAAAAGCCUUGGCGACAGAAAGUGGACUAAAUUUCUUAUCAAUCAAAGGACCCGAGUUAUUUUCCAAAUGGGUGGGUGAAUCAGAAAAGGCGGUCAGGGAUUUGUUUAGAAAAGCGCGUCAAGUGGCUCCUUCUAUUAUUUUCUUUGAUGAAAUGGAUGCGAUAGGCGGGGAGCGGGGCGCUGGCGAAGGCGGGGUGCACGAGCGGGUGCUGGCGCAGCUGCUGACGGAGCUUGAUGGUGUGGUCCCACUGAAUGCUGUUACAAUACUAGCUGCUACCAACCGCCCGGACAGAAUGGACCGAGCGUUGCUUAGACCCGGGCGACUGGAUCGUCUUAUAUACGUGCCACUGCCAGAUAUUGAGACAAGACUGCAGAUACUAGAGUUGAAAUUGUCAAAAAUGAGUGUUAGUGAUGACGUGAAUCCUCACAGUCUUUCAGUCAGGACGGAAGGAUUCUCAGGUGCGGAGUUAGAUGCGCUGUGCCACGAAGCGGCUCUUAACGCACUGGAAAAGGACAUAGAUUGCCAGGAGGUCAGGAUGGAACACUUUGAACAUGUACUGAUAGAUUUUAAACCCCGUACACCCGUGUCUUUGUUGAAAGUGUAUGAAGAAUUUGCUUUGGGUCAAAGAUCUGUGUAAGUUACUGAUUACAUUAGUAAUUUUAUAUUGGUGUCUGUAAUA